AUGCCUUCUUCCCCCGGAUAUCUUCAUCCCUUGCACACAGACGACCCUGAUGACUUCUCGGCAUCUGACGACGACUUGGACCUUGAGGAGCUAGAUCCCAGCACUGCGCCACAGGAAACAACGAGAGUCUCCCGAGACUAUGCAAACCGCUCGCGAAAUUAUGGUCCAGGAAUAGCUCUACGGAACUUGCGAGUUGGAGUGGGUAGUCGCUGGCGACGAAGUCCAUCUGGCCACAGAGAGCCUGAAGAAGACACAGCUGCAUUGCUGGAAGAGCGGGAAGAUGAUGGAAAUCGCCAGUCCAAUGGAAGCUCACGAAAUAUGCAUGAGGAUGAUGCACCACUGCUGGAUCGGCGGAGCUCUACUCACAUGUUCAGUGACGAGGAACCUUCAAAAAAGCGCGGGUCAUGGCUGUCUAAUCUUACAGAGUCAAAGUUCCUACAGGCUAUCUCUAGCCGACUCGGAGGGAGUGUUAAUGAUAAUGAAAAUGCGCCUCCACGAGAGAUCUUGAUCGGCCAGACCCAAUCCGCUAAAUACCCGCCCAAUGUCGUCUCCAACGCCAAAUACACACCAUGGAGCUUUCUACCGCGCACUUUGUAUAACGAAUUCUCCUUCUUUUUCAACAUAUAUUUCCUCCUCGUCGCAUUAUCACAAGUCUUGCCCAUGUUACGAAUUGGUUACAUGUCGUCAUACAUUGCGCCGUUAGCUUUUGUGGUUUCCAUCUCAUUGGGAAAGGAAGCUUUGGAUGAUAUCGGGCGGCGUCGUCGAGAUGCGGAAGCAAAUGCUGAAGAAUUUACCGUUGUAUCCCUGGACAGAAAUGCCAUGGAUGUCACGAAGAAAUCGAGGGAUCUGAAAGUUGGAGAUAUUCUCAAAGUUCGCAAGAACCAGCGUCUCUCCUGCGGAUGUUGUUAUCUUGAAGACACUUCAACUGAUCUGCUUGACCCAGAUCAAGAGCAUCUUGGGGCCACCCCGAAUCCCUCAGCUGGCUCUGAUGAGAUUUCGUCUACCAGUGACACGUUCAUCCGAACUGAUCAGUUAGAUGGAGAAACAGAUUGGAAACUACGUACUCCAUCUGCAUUGUCGCAGUCCCUUUCUUUCGACGAUUUUACUCGACUCAAGGUCACUGCAAGCCCGCCAGAUCAAAGAGUGAACGAAUUUAUUGGCACAAUCGAGUUGUGCUCUGCACCAGGACUUUACGAUGCUCAUGUUGACAAGUCGUACUCCCAAUCACAGAAUGGAGAAGACCGAAACUCCAACUCAGCCCCUUUGACAAUUGAUAACACCGCCUGGGCUAACACCGUCCUUGCAUCCAAUACAAUCACGUACGCUGCAAUCAUCUACACUGGUUCUCAAACUCGCGCUGCGCUUUCGACCUCACCCUCCCGGUCUAAGGUGGGCCUGCUUGAAUAUGAAAUCAACAACCUCACCAAAAUCCUAUGUAUUCUCACGCUCGCUCUGUCCAUCGUUCUCGUGGCCUUUGAAGGCUUUGAGCCGACGAAUGACAAGAAGUGGUAUGUUGCGAUGAUGAUAUACUUGAUUCUCUUCUCAACUAUUAUCCCGAUGAGUCUUCGGGUCAACCUCGAUAUGGCCAAGUCUGUAUAUGGUCGUUUCAUUGAACGUGACAAGGACAUUCCGGAUACCGUCGUUCGCACCAGCACAAUUCCAGAAGACUUGGGGAGAAUCGAAUAUCUACUCUCUGAUAAGACUGGGACAUUAACCCAGAAUGAGAUGGAAUUGAAGAAGAUCCACGUUGGUACUGUCUCAUAUGCCAGCGAAGCAAUGGAUGAAGUUACAUCUUUCAUUCGUCAAGCUUUUGCUGGCAAUGCCUUGACAACCCCAUCGACUGUUUUUGGAACCCAGGCUGGGCAGGGAACCGCGCCUCGUACAAGACGUGAAAUAGGUUCUCGAGUCCGAGACCUCGUUCUGGCCCUUGGUCUCUGCCACAACGUUACACCAACUACCGAGGAUCUAGAUGGUCAAAAGGUGACCACGUAUCAGGCCUCAUCUCCGGAUGAGAUCGCUAUCGUCCGAUACACCGAAGAAGUUGGACUCAAGUUGUCUUAUCGUGACCGUCAGACUGUUGUUCUUGAAUCAACCGACUCCAAACAAGUAGUCGUUCGCGUGCACAUCCUAGACAUCUUCCCCUUCACCUCCGACAGCAAACGUAUGGGUAUUAUCGUACAGUUCCAACUGGACGACAAUGCCCUCGAUCCUGACAGCAAAUCUGAGCCCGAAAUUUGGUUUUAUCAGAAAGGUGCAGACACGGUUAUGUCAUCGAUUGUUGCAACUAAUGACUGGCUUGACGAAGAGACUGCCAACAUGGCGCGCGAGGGUCUACGAACGCUUGUUGUGGGUCGCAAACGGCUGUCACUCCAGCAAUACCAAGAGUUUUCCGCUAGGUAUAAGCAGGCAUCAUUGUCCUUCCAAGGACGUGAUGCUGGUAUGGCUGCGGUUAUCGGCGAAUGUCUUGAACGUGAUCUGGAACUCCUUGGCGUAACCGGCGUUGAGGAUCGUCUGCAACGCGAUGUCAAGUCUUCUUUGGAAUUGAUGCGUAACGCGGGCGUAAAGAUCUGGAUGUUGACUGGAGAUAAGGUAGAAACAGCACGCUGUGUCGCCAUUUCUGCCAAGCUGGUCGCUCGCGGCCAGUACAUUCACACGGUAUCCAAAGUGACGGAAAAGUCUACUGCUCAAGAAGCCCUUGAUUUCCUGCGCAACAAAACCGACUGCUGUCUUCUGAUCGAUGGCGAAUCUCUAACCUUGAUGCUCAAUCACUUCCGAACAGCAUUCAUCUCUAAAGCCGAAGUCGCCACGCUGAUCCGUGAAUACACCAAGAAGCGUGUCUGUUGUAUCGGUGACGGAGGUAAUGAUGUAUCAAUGAUUCAGGCUGCGGAUGUAGGCAUUGGUAUCGUGGGUAAAGAAGGUCGGCAGGCAUCUUUGGCUGCUGAUUUCAGUAUCACCCACUUUCAUCAUUUGACCAAGCUCCUCGUCUGGCAUGGUCGAAACUCUUACAAGCGGUCCGCCAAGCUAGCACAGUUCAUCAUGCAUCGUGGCUUGAUCAUCAGUAUAUGUCAGACCAUGUACAGCAUUGCUGGCCAUUUCGAUCCGAAGGGUCUCUUCAUCGACUGGCUGAUGAUUGGUUACGCCACUGUCUACACCAACGCCCCCGUCUUCUCGCUUGUGUUUGAUCGAGAUGUAGAUGAGCGACUCGCCAAUCUCUACCCAGAGUUGUACAAGGAGCUGAAGACCGGCAAGAGUCUGAGUUAUCGAUCCUUCUUCACCUGGGUUUUUAUCUCCGUCUUCCAGGGAGCGGUCAUUCAAGGCCUCUCUCAGAUUCUAUUGGAUACUAUUACUGGCCCUCGAUUGAUCAGUGUUUCUUUCACGGCCCUUGUUCUUAACGAGCUGGCAAUGGUCGCCAUCUCUAUCACCACUUGGCAUCCCGUCAUGAUUUUUUGCUUGGUCGGCACUCUACUGUUGUACGCCGGCAGCGUCCCUUUCCUCGGUGGCUACUUCGAUCUUGGCUUUGUGAUCACUCUGGACUGGGUGUGGCGUGUUGUCGCUGUACUCGCUGUCUCAUUGGUGCCAGUAUGGGCUGCUAAGCUCAUCAGACACUCCGUGAAGCCUCCAAGCUACCGGAAGGUGCGCGGUUGA